CUCUCCAGCUGCUGCAAAACACUCAUCAGAAGAAGAAGCAGAGGCUCGGAGCUGCAGACUGGAGGAAGUUUAAGAAGCUUCUUAUUUAUUUAACCCAUAAAGUAAAAACAACAUGGCUUUAAGAGCUGCGUUAAGGAGCAGGAGCGGACUGACGGGUCUCCUCUCCCAGCGGUCCUCCUGCAGCAGUGAUAUCAGAAUGUCUCCUCUCCUCGUCCCUCAGCAGAGAAACUACUCCACGCCUCCGAAGAUCAGAGUGGAGUUCGACCAGAGCACAGGUGUGGCUGUGAUGCACAUGCAGAGUCCUCCGGUCAACAGCCUCAGUUUAGACUUCCUCACCGAGCUGUGCAUCAGUGUGGAGAAGCUGGAGAUGGAUAAGAGCUGCCGAGGCCUCAUCAUCACCUCGGCUCAGCCGAAGGUGUUCUCCGCCGGGCUGGACAUCACGGAGAUGUACGGGAAGAGUCCGGAACAUUGUGGAGCGUUCUGGAGAUCCGUUCAGGAGAUGUGGCUGAAGCUCUACGGCUCCAACAUGGUCACUAUCGCUGCUAUCAAUGGCUCCAGCCCGGCCGGAGGCUGUCUGAUGGCCAUGACGUGUGACUACAGGAUAAUGGCGGAUAACCCUCGUUACAACAUCGGCCUCAACGAGACGCAGCUGGGCAUCGUGGCUCCUUUCUGGUUUAUGGACACCAUGAAGAACACGGUGGGCCAGCGGACCACAGAGAUGGCCCUUCAGCUGGGACUCCUCUACAAACCAGCUGAUGCUCUGAAGAUCGGACUGGUGGACCAGCUGGAGCCUGAAGACCAGGUCAUCGCCGCGGCAACGCAGACCAUCAGCAGGUGGCUGGCUAUUCCAGACCACGCCAGACAGAUCACCAAAUCCAUGAUGAGGAAGAAAACCAUCGACAAGCUCACGUCCAACAGAGAGUCCGACAUUAAAUACUUUGUCAACUUCAUCACCAAAGACUCCAUCCAGAAGUCUCUCGGCGGGUACAUGGAGAUGCUGAAAAAGAGAAGAGCCUAGAGGAGAAGGGGAAAUAAUAACGUGUAUACUUUCUUUAGGGUCGCGUUGGAUAUAAAAACACAUCUGGCCUCAUAUUUGUAUUGGUGUCAAGAUAAGAUCCUUGACUCGCUCGGCAGUUCGCCUUCAUACCGGUUCGACCAAUGGACGUACUCCUAAUGAUUGUAUGACGAAGUACAUUUACUCAAGUAUUGUACUGAAUGUGCAACAUGUAGGUACUUGUACGUAUUACUGUACAUUCAUUCAUUUUGCAGUUGCUUUACAAAGAUUUGCCUAAAAAUAAGGGUUUAUAAGAUAUGGUAUUUUGUUAUUAAUUAAACUAGCAAACAAUUUUACAAGAACGACUUCGUCAAUUAAUCAAUUAGCCAAUUAAGGGAUAAUUAAUCAGCAUCUAUAAACAUUAAGUCAUUUUCUGUUUGAUUAGGAAUAGGGGUGUGUCGGUACAUUUGGCCGUUAACACUAACAAUGCAUUACUUGUACCUGGAACAGAUUAUUUUGACAGUGUUGUUUUAGACCUCUCACUUCAGUAGUGGGUUACUUCUUCCACCACCGCUAAUGAUUCAGUGACAAAUACAUUCUCUUUCUACAUUUCAAAGUACUUUGGUUGAAGUUACCCCUAUCUUUGAUCCAGCCGGAGUUAAAAACGCUAUGUUUUGGAAAUAGACUCAACAUUAGUAAAACAAACUGUGAAUGAUUUUCUAGUUCUCCACCAAGUGCCUAGUGCCUUUUAAGAACCAUAACAAAUGGUGAGGAAGUAACCCUGGGACUUCUGUGAGAUUUAUGUACAACUAACAACACAUGUGCUUUAGCCUGAUAACAUGUAUGUAUUCAUGUCGUUAGAGAACUGUGGUGUGAUUAAAUAAUGGAUUGUCAAAA